AUGGACGGAGGCGUGUGUGUGUCUCUGUGGUGUGAGGAGGUGGAGGACGACCAGAUCGAGGACCGGGGCCGGGGCGAAGCCGGGGGCCCCCCCGGGGGCCCGGCUCGGCCGCGGGCCGCCUGGGACCCGUCGGCGUCGGGCCCCCGGGUGAUCCAGCGGCUGCUGCAGGUGGAGCGGCGCUACGCUCCGUCCUCGCUCUACGUCCGCCUGGUCCAGCGGGACCCGGAGCGCCGGGAGGAGCUGGCCAAGUGGGCCCUGGAGGUGUGCUGCGCCUGCGGCUGCGACGAGGCCGUCUUCCCGCUGGCCGUCUCCCUGCUGGACCGCUUCCUGUCGGCGUCCCUGUCCGUCCCCGGGUCCCCGUCCUGCCUGUCCGCCGGCUGCGUCCUCAUCGCGUCCAAGCUCACCGAGUGCGACGUGGUCACUGCCGACGCGCUGUGCGCCGCCGCCGAGUACAGCUUCCUGCCGUCCGGCCUGCGGGAGAUGGAGCGCCUCAUCCUCUCCACGCUGCGCUGGGACACCGCCGCCGUGACCCCGCAGGACUACCUGCCGCACCUCCUGGCGUCGGCGGCGGAGCAGGAGGAGGGCGAGGACCCUGAGGAGGAGCGGCGGCUGCUCGCCACCCUGCGGAGGCACAGCGACACCCUGACCGCCAUGUGCGCCUGCGACUCCCGCUUCCUGGGCGCGCCGCCGUCGCUCGUGGCCGCCGCCGCCCUGACCUGCGCGCUGCGGGGGCUGGACUGGCGGGGCCGCGCACGGCCGGCGCUCAGCAGCGACGCCCUGGCUCAGCUGAGCCACACCGACCCGGUGGUGCUGCAGUGCUACAGUGAGCUGAUCGAACAGGCGCUCAGGCAGCGGCUGAGGAGCGGCCUGCAGGGACCGGCGGAGAAGGGCGAAGAGGUGGAGGACGAGAGGCCCGGGACGCCCACCGACAUGAGGGAGAUUGAUUUCUGAACACUGAGUCGCAUCGAGAGUGUGGAUCAAUCAAAGUCAUUUAAGUUUUUCAGUCAAACUGAUAUACAUUGAUUAUGACCU